AUGUUACAAUAUAAAUUGGUUUUAUUAGGUGACUCUUCAGUAGGUAAAUCUUCCAUAGUUCAAAGGUUUGUUAAAGAUUCAUUUGACGAACAACGUGAAAGCACUAUCGGUGCAGCAUUCUUAUCACAAACUAUAAAGAUUAAAUCACCAAAUAAGGACAAUGACCAAGAAAAUGAUGAAGAUAUUGCUAUAAAAUUCGAAAUAUGGGAUACAGCAGGGCAAGAGCGUUAUAGGUCAUUAGCUCCUAUGUAUUAUCGUAAUGCUAAUGCUGCUGUUGUAGUUUAUGACGUUACAGCCAAGGAUUCUUUAAAUAAAGCCAUUACUUGGGUUGACGAAUUAAAAAGUAAAGUUGAUGAUGAAAAAAAAUUAGUAAUUUCUUUAGUAGGUAAUAAAAUAGAUUUGAUUUCCUCAACUAAUGAUAUAAACGAAAGUGCCAAUAGUCCAGGUAGACAAGUAGAUUUAUUAGAUGCAGAAAACUUUGCCAAAGAACAUAACUUAUUAUUUCAUGAAGUGAGUGCCAAAACUGGUAAAGGGGUCAGAGAUGUUUUUUAUGAAAUUGCCACUUUGUUAUAUAAGCAGAAACUGGAAGAUGACGCAUUGAAUAAAAAGGACACGAAUGAAAAUGAAGAUAGAUCCAUAAAUGUUGCAUUAUCAAGACCGAGCACAAACGAUCCUACAUCGUGCUGCUCUUAG